AUGUGGGGAUGGGAAUGGCAAAUUCCAAGAUUUUCCUUUGCUCUGCUCCCUGCAGGCCUGGAGGAGAUCCCACGGCCCUUCCAGGAUUCCGGGAAUAUUUUGAAGCAAGGAUACCUGGAGAAGAGAUCCCGAGAGCCCAGCUUUUUCGGCUCAGACUGGCACAAGCGCUGGUGCGUCCUCACCCAACGGAAUUUCCUCUACUACGCCAACGAGAAAAGCAAGCAGCCCAAAGGCUCCUUUCCCAUCGAGCGCUACCAGGCCCACCUGGAUCCCCAGCUCCGGAAAGAUUCCCGGAAAAAAUGCUGCUUCCAGCUGUUCUGUCCCGGAAAACGCUCCUACGAGUUCGCAGCUCCGAGCCCGGCCGAGGCCCAGGAUUGGGUGGAGCAGAUCCGGUUCCUCCUCAGGGACCUGAGCUCCCUGACCAUUCCCUGCGAUGAGGAUGAGGAGGAGGAGGAGGAGGAAGAGCUCUCCAAGGACCGGGACAGCUCCGAUUCCAUGAACAAUUCCCAGAAUUCCACCCUGAACCCCGAGGAACAGGAGCUGGAAGACGAAGACAUCUACGAGGUGAUGCCAGAUGAGGAGCUGCCUCCGCCAUUCCCGGAGGAUGAGGAGGAUUUCGGGAGCGAGGAGGAAAAUUCCGACUGGGAUUAUUCCAAUUACUACCAGGGAUUGUGGGAUUGCCACGGGGACAAUCCCGACGAGCUCUCCUUCCAACGGGGCGACAUCAUCCACAUCCUCAGCAAGGAGUACCCCGGGUACGGGUGGUGGGUCGGGGAGCUCGGCCGGGACAUCGGGAUCGUCCCAAAGGAAUUCCUGGUGCCCGCCUUCGACCUGGAGCCGUGA